AUGUCUCUGCUGGCGUCGUCGCCUCGAGACGCCGACCGGGCGGAUCGAGAGGAGAGCGUUUUGGCAGAUCCAAGUGAAGAGGAAAAUCGCAGGGCGGCAAGUUCGCUGAUUCGAACGGCCUUGAUCCAGUACUGUCGCCACACACGAGAAAUCCUCCUCAAACUCUUCCUCCUCGACGUAGGGUGGAUCAGACAACCGCACCACGGCGUCGUCGAAAAGCUCCUCCAGGAAAUCGCCGCGAUGGACCAGCAGAAACAAAGAAUCCCUCAAGACGCACUCAUGUCGCAGUGGCAGCUAAACCAGCAAAUUCCGCCUCUGCUGCCUCCGGCACCGCUGAUCGACGCAGCGGUGGACGUGCUCGCCACGGGCAUGUAUCGGCGUCUUCCCCUUCUUCUCCCGUUGCAACUCCUGGGGAAAGCCAGCGAAACGAAAGGCGAAGAAGAAGAAAGUGCCAUGGACGAAGUGCGGCGACGCGUAGCAGAUGCGUUGCUUCUUCGGCUGCAUUUCUCCCCGAUCCCGAAGAAGGAGGUCUACAUACACCUAGAGAAAGACGCCCACGUCCACAUCUCCCUGCCCCACGAGGUUCGCGUGACCGCCGUCUCCGACCUCACGACACUGCAGGCCUUGGCUGCUCGCCUCACGAUUCUCGAAGGCAACGGUUUCGGCACAGACGCAGUCGCGGCAGCUUCUCUGGGCGUGACAAAUCCAGGCGGCAGUCCGCCUCUUGGUGUGAACGCGACGCUUCUGUUUCUACUCCGCAGCCGCCUGGCGAGCGUCGCGGAGAGACUCCAGUUGCAGGAGAGCGAGGCUGAGUUGCUUCGCUGGCAGGCGCAAGUGCGCGAAAAUGCGGCGCGUCAGUUGGAAAAUCUCGAAGCGGAGAAAGGCCUUCUCCUGUCCGUGGUUGACGUCAAGCGCUCUGACGCGUCCCCAGAGCCUUACUCGCCUUUCUCCGUGCCCGCGUCCACUGCUUUGGCUGCUGACGCGACAGAGGACGAGGAGCUCGCCGCGGCUCUCGCGAGUUUCGCUUCCCCUGGGCGCGCCGUUUUGCCUCCAGCCGCCUCGCAGCCGGCCGCGGUCGACGCCUUCUUCGCGGUGUGGACUACGGCGCGGCGCGUCAGCGGCUGUACCGAGAUGGAUCUUCUCCGUGACCAAGCUCUUCGUUUGCUGCGCGUCUCGUCCGCAGCGUCGCUCUCGGCUUCGCGUCUCUCCUGUACGAGCCCAAAGGCGCCUCGGCGUCUCCUCCUUUCCCACGUGACGUAUCGAGCCUUGGCGACGCACGUGUCUCGCUCUGGGGAGCUCGACGUGCCGCUUUCGCUGUCUCUCCCGCCCGCAGGGACUCCCCACGCCGGCUCCACGGCGCGCGCUGAAGUGCUGCCGAGAGGGUCUGCGGGGGGCGAGACCGAGGACGCAACUGGAGACAGCCGGGAGGAGACAGUCGCGACGCAGCGGGCGCACGUUUUGAGACUCGCGGCGGGCGCAGAGAGCGAAGAGGAGGCAGACGAAGACAUGAGGCUGUGGCGAGAGCGCGAGCGCGAGAACGGCGAAGAAGAAAGAUUCUUCGUUCCCCUCGCGACCGCAGCAGCGGUUGCAGCCGACGCGGAGGCCGACUGGGAAACAGAUGCAACUGACGCCGCGGGAGGAGACGGCGAGAAGGACGCCGGACGCGAGGGGAAGAAGACGGUGGUGCUUCUGCAGUUGCAGAUUCUCGGCGGCUUCGAUGUCGCCUGCGCCGACCUCAGAAACAAAUGCCUCCAGGCGCUGAUGAAGACGCCGGGAGGCGGCGCGGCAUCGGCGCCUGCUUUGGGUGACGCUCAGCCGAGGAAUAAUGCUGCAGUUAGAGAGGCAGAUGGGGAGACGCGAGACUCUGGAGCCGAGACAGGGAACGGAAGGGGCGAGGGACAGAACGGAGAGGGAGAGAGGCGAGGAGCCGAGAGCAGUGCUGCCGUGCAGGUUUCGUCUGGACCUAGCGGCGGAGCGGAGCCCUCGGGCGGCCGGACGGUGGGGUCUGUGGUCGGAAAAGAGACAGCUGCAAUGCCUGUGUCUCUCGCGUUUGUUCUUUGCUCUUCGACUUGGCGAGUUUCCGUCACUCUGUGGCCUUUGCACCCCAUGAUGGAUCUCUUCGAGCGAUCCUUCCAUUCGUCUUUCUCUUGCGGCUCUCUGUGCGAGGCCGACGCGUUUGCGCUGUCGGUGGUCUCGCAGCAGGCGUGCUGGCGUGCCCUGUCGACCUGGCAGCCGAGCAUGAUGCUGCUGGAGGACUGGGUUUUCUGCGCCUCGCAGUGUCUCAGCCUCCUCCAACUGCUGACUCUCGCGUACCAUCUGCGCUUUCCGCUCUUGAGUUUCCGGCCUGCUGCGCCUAGCGCAGACGCGCCGAGCGGCCGCGGGCUCGGAGAGGUCGACGCAGCGCGCGUCGAGGACGAGCAGACGAGGCAACGAACCGAUCCUGCUCGGGAGGGAGAACAAAUGCGUGCAGAGCUGGAAGACAAAGGCCUCGUCAGCCUCUGCAAGGCUGCGGCCCCUGACUCUCUCGACUUCCUCGUCGACAGCCACAGCAUCCCCGUCUCGCCUUUCUCGCCCCUUCCUCCGUCUCCCGCUACGUCUUCUCUCUCUCCCUGUGGAGUGUCUCCGUCGACGUGUCUCCUUCGUCUCUUCUAUUACGGGCAACCCUGCGAGUUGUCGAUCGACGCGACGACGGGUGCGGGGCAGUUUCGGUGUCCGUGGCUGCCGCGCCGUCUCCAGCAUCUGCUCCUGUCGGUUCCGCGGAGUCUUCGGGAUCUUCUGCAGCUUUUGCCUCUCGUUCGGCGGGCAGCGUUUCACUUGCUGCUCGGCGACGCCGCCGUCGCCCUCGGGAAAGACCGAUUCGAUCUUCUUCCCGCCCCGCCAGAGCUCACCGCCUGGACCGUCGCUGCGCCCGUCGCAGUCGAUGUGCAUGCGCACCUUCGCGCACAAGAACGGGCGCCAGGCCUUCUGAAGCAGAGAAACGCUGCUGGGGAUGGCGCUGGAGCCGGAGACCAAGCAAGCGAGGGAGGAGAAAACGACUGGACGGCGCGUUUAGGAGAAGGCGAGAGACAGGCGCCAUCGCCGACGCAGUCGCUCGGCGGAGUUCUCGCCUCAGAAGCGGCUGAGGCGUUGGAAAAGUUGCUCCACCUUCGCGCCUACGAGCUCGCCUCCACACCGACUCCAACACCACGACCGAUCGGCGUCCCCAAGCCCAAGAAGAGAGGUCGAGACGCCGAGACGCCGCGAGACGCUGGAGAAGCUGCGCGCGAUCUCGAAGAGGCCGAGCCGGGGCUGGCGGGUCGAAACCGCGAAGGAGAGGCAAGAGAAGCUGGCCGGGAAGGGGGAAGCCCGACGUUCCUCUCGGCGACCUUCAGGACAUCCACAGCUUUCUUCCGCAUCCGUGUGAGCGACGAGGAAAGCGACGCUUUGGUGUCUUCUUCGCGUUUGACCUCGGACGCCUUCCUCGUCGCGUCUGUGCUGUUCGACGACGACGUUGUGGGGUGCUCCUAUUUGCUCUUUCCUGCAGCCCGAGAGCCGGUGUCUGCGCCUGUCGCGACGGCGUUCGCAGAUGCGCUCGGCGUGCUUUUCGCAGAGGAAAGGCCGGGGAACCGGGCGUCUCUCGCUCCGAAACAGCGAGGCCUGUUCGCGUCGGUGCGGCUCCAUCACCUGCCGUUUCGGCUGACGCUGAGGGAAGACGAAAGGGGCGAGCAGGGCGGGAAGAGCGUUCGAAGCAGCCAGGGCGAAGACGAGAGGAAGCCGCUGCUGCGCAUCUCGGUGAAGAACUACCUUCACGCGAUUCGCACGCUCCUGAAGAGACAUGCAGGCCUGCUCAGACAGCUCAGCGGGCUGUCGCUCCUCCUGCCUCUCGCUCUUCCCUGCGCGGCAAAGGCGGACGUCCUCCUGGAACUGCAGAGAGACGACCAAGAAGGACGAUUUGCUUCGCCCUCCACCGUGGAGGGCGAAGCACCGUCCUCGCCACUGGCAGCUGUCGCGGCGCUUCCGGAUCUCUCUACUGUCGCUUCGGGCCCCAGCACUCGGUGCGAUGCGCACAACGACUGCGCACGAGAGAAGUCAGGAGCGACGCCACGCGAGCGGCGCGGAGCCUGCGGCAGUCGCUGCCUUUACCUGCAGCCGUUCUUGGUCUCUCGCAUCUCUCCAGAGUCUUCUUCUGGCCCAGGCGACGGCAGCUCAGACAGCCCCGACGGCGUGCGAACAAUACAAGAGCAGAUGGGCGAGGAAGCGAGAGGAGGGCAAAACGACAGCCCUCGUCAUCAACCAGAAGAUCCAGAGGAAGAAAGUCUGCUGCUGGAGUGCACGGUCGACAAGGACGCCUCAGAGGCGCUGGCUGGUCAGCCGAGGGGCGGCCGCGCUCUUCUCAGUUUUCUCUUUUCUCCUCCACUCUGCGAAGGACGAAGCGCGUUUGUCUUCCGCGACUCAGCUCGAGACACAAGCCGCGGCUCCUCGGUCCCUCGUCUCCCCAUUUCUGUCUCCGCCUUCAACGCCUUUUAUCUUCUGGUGACGGCGCGGCGCCUCGCCUUCGUCUGCCGCCCUGAAACUGCCCAGGCGAGCGAGGUCAUUCUUCCUCUCUCCGAUUUCCUAAAGAGUCUGCCGAGCGACGCCGGACACGGAGAGUCCUCUUCUUUUCCGUGUCCCGCGUCUCUGUUUGCAUCGCGCUGUUCCACCGGCGCGCGCGCAGAGGCCGUCGUGGAGAACAGGGCCGAGCUGGAGGGAAGCAGGGAAGACGACGGACGAACCCGGGCGGGAGCGAGAAGACGCGGAGACGGAGGCGAGAGAGAAAGGGAGUUCUGCUCGCCUGCUGUGAAGCUGCUCUGGCGUGUGAGAGAGAGCGAGACAGGGACAGAGGGAAGGGAUUCGGAGAGGGAGACUAGGGGCGAAGGGGCGGCGGAGCCACUCGGGGAAGACGCGCCUGAUAGGGGCGACCGAAGGCCUCUUUCUCGCCCACCGAGCGAAGUUGACAUCGAGUGUACAUGCCAGAUAAGACACGUGCAAACGUGCACGAAUCGCCGCGUUGGUGGCCUGGCUGCCUCCCCAGGCGACAGACCCGAACCGGGCGAAAGGGAGGUGAAGCCAGGCGGAGACGACGGGAGAAAUGGCGAACCGCAGGCGCAUGCGGACGACAGGCACUCUUUGCCCCCUCCAGCUGACGAUCUGUCGUCCCUGGUUACGAUGCAGUGUUCCGACCUCCGAGCUGUAUGUACACUGCCUUCCGACGCAGACGCACGCGGCCUCUCGCACGAGAAGACGCGCGCUUCGCCCGCGUCUCCCGUGGCGUCUCUCAGUCCCGUGGCUUCCUUCGCCCGGACUCUGGGGCGGUGCGUGGCAGCCUUCCUGCGUCUUGAGAUGUACAUCCACCUGCAUUCGGACCUUUUGUUUCUGCAGCGCCACGCGUACGGGAAGUCGCUGGAAAUCCGCGCGUGUUUCCCCGGCGCGCUGAUCUUUUUCCUCCGCACGCCGUCCCGGCGGCGGACUCGCGACUGGCGUUCGGAUGCCUCUCUCUCUCGGGUUGCGUUCUCACCUUUCCUCGGUCAUCGAACGGCGCCCCACCCUGACCGCGUCUCAGAUCUCGCCGCAGAGACCGAGGACGCGUACGAAACGUUGAAGUGUACAAUCGCCUUGGCGUCUCUCGCACCGCAUCUGUCUGCGGCCUGCGUCUCCUCAGAUUCCUCUGAACGUCCCGACAGUCUUUCUCUCCCCACGUGCGCGCCUAACUCUCCCGGGGGCCCUGCCGCCACCCCACCAGCCCCGGUCUCGCGUCGUCCUCUCUUUCCGCAUCUGUUUCCCGGAGUGUCUUCUCUCGCUCCUCGUUCUUCGCUCUCGCCAGCUUUCGCCUCCGCGUUUUCUCUUUCCGGCGCUCCGCUGGGCGCCGCCUCGCUGCUUGCGUUCGACGUCGAGGCGAGCUCGCCGGAGCUCUCUUGGCUCUUCUCGCGGCAAGUCGAGGCAGGCAGGGCGCUCCUGCCUCGCCAGCUGGGGACUGCGCUCCAGUUGCUGUCGAGCAGCGCGGAAAUGCUCGCCUCCUACCUCUCUCUCCACGCGUGCCUUUUGCUGAUGCGGCCUGUUCGACGCCGCACACCCUUUACUGCCCACUUCCGACAGCUGCAGCAGAAGCGGGUUGUCGCGUUUCGCAAAACGGACCUUUUCUCCGCUCUGCUGCAGCCACAUGAUGGAGAGAAGAGGCAGAAGGAAGGCGAAGCGGCGCUCGCGGGCACAGCAGAGACGCCGACGGACGUGGCGCCGACCAGCGAGCUCUCGGGGUCACCCCAUGGCGGGGCGCCGGCUGCAGGCAAGAGCCGCGAAGAAAGCACCAGUGGAGACUCGAAGGAGAGAGCGGGGAACGCGCCUGUGCACAUGGCUUUUUCGGACGUGUGCGACUCGCCGGAGAAAAGCAUUCGCGCCCUCUCCGACGCCGCUGCAGCUGCAGGCCUGGAACUGACUCACGUGUACAUACAGGCCAUCACGCCUGCGCGAGCGACGCAGACACCUGCCGCCCGGGGGAGCGGCGAGUCAGCCGCCUUCUCACCCGGACACAAGUCGACAGCGCUUUCUUCUCUCCCGCUGUCGGAGCCGUCUCUGUCUGGGGAGGAAACCGCGGCUCUUGAGGAGGACUCGACGCUCGCUUCCGCCUCUCUGCCUGCUCUCCUCCUGCGCGUGCCUGGCCUCCCGCCUGUGCUGCUCCGACUCGACCCCGCCUGUCGAUGCUGUCUCCGUCUGUACAUUGUCCUCCAAGAGACCCGCGAAAGGCCGCUGGAACGAGGCUCUUCCAGUCGCGAGGAGACUCCCAGGUGCGCGGCCCACGCGCCGCGGGCGCCGCCGGGGGAAGCCGCUGGCGAGCCGCGCCAAGCGGACGCGGGCGAGCCUUCGGCUUAUAUUCGAGGCCACGCGGUGGCGCGUGGCGGGCCUCCAGGGCGCACCGAGCAGGCGCGAGCAGCCACGGGAAGCGGAGCGGCUGGGGCCAAGACGGUGCAGUACGUGGACAUGGACGCCGCCGCGUCCGUCGCUCUCCUGGCGAGUCUGGACGAGGCGGUCAAGAGCGAGAAGCGAGAAGAACGCGAGAUGUUGUCGCGGAUUCACCACGCAGCCUCCUUCCAGGUGUUGCUUCUCGCGUCCUUUGCCGCUGCGCUGAAACACUUUGCGUCCGCGGCCUGUGUGGCGAUCCGAGUCGACCAAGGCGAACAGAAGGAAGGAACUUUCAAGGUGAAGCGAGAGAAAGGGGCGGGCGAGGAAGCGAGCGGAACGGGGACCGCCGAGAGAGAGACGCGGGCAAAGGCCCCGCGUCGAGGUCUCCUUGCUCCCGCUGUCUCUUCUUUCUUCCUUCUCGGCGCCUCGUCCUCUCCGUCCGACUCGAAGCGGUCGUCUUCACUUCUCGCAGAACUGCCUCGACUCUUUCUCGGCCCCGGCACGUGCUUGAAGCUUUCGUGCGCGUCGCCGCUGCUGGGCGGCACGCACUCGCUCUGCACGACGGCGCCCGUCGCCUCGCUCUUCUUCUUCCCUGGCCUUCUUCUUCCCCAAGUCCUCCUCCCUCUUUUGCAGUUCUGUCGCGUCUUCGCCGUGUACUCCACCGCCAAAGUCGCGCUGAAUCCAGCCGCGAUCCUCUCCUCUUCGGGGUCUCCGCCUGCGCUCGCGGACGCGUCCGCGGCCCUCUCUGCUCCCGUCACAGUCGAGUCCGUCGUUUUGUCGGCGGCGUCUGUGGCGCAAAAGCUGCCUUCCUCGGAAGCGAAGGCCGACGCGCCUGGGCCACCGCCGCGAGAAGAGAAAGACGAAGGGAACGAUUCGGCGCUCACGCUCUGGGUGAGUUACACGGACUUCGCGACGCGCGCGCGAUGCGUUUUCCCGAGGUGGGCGCGGUCGUCUCUCUCCACCGGUCCAGACGCAAGAGAGGGCCGGAACGCGGAUCCUUCAGGCGCGGCGGUGAAGGUGGAAGGCGAAGGCGAAGACGGUUGCGCGGGUCUUUUCUCCGGAGGUUUGCUCUCUGAUCCACAAGAGAAGUGGAAGUUCGUCAGACCUAAACUCUUCAACCUGCCUUGGCCCCUCCUCGCGAACGGAGGCGCCGCAACCCUUUCGCAAGGACCGCAGAGAGAACAGAGCCAGGAAGAUUCCAAGGAAAGCGAGAAAGAAAAAAUCCCGAGACGAACGCCGUGCACGGAAAUCGCCUGGUCCUCCGCAACCACACAAGCUCUUCUUGCCCCGUGGGGCUCCGCACUCGUCAGCCAAAGACCGAGCGUCAGCGCAGAGACGCAAGACGAAAUCCCUCCACUUCUACCGCGGCUACACACCGAUCCAGAUGGAUGCGUGCGAGUCGUCCUUCCCUUCUUCCAACUUCGACUCGGCCCAGUUUCGCCCGCAGGAUCGAAGGAUAGCGAAAGACACCGGAGCCUGUCUGUGCUCAAAAGCUUCAUGUGUUAUGUUGCGCCGUGUCUUCCACUGAACAACAUCCCGACCUUCAUCGCACACUUGCUGCAGUCGCUCGCCCUUCGAGCUCGCCAGAAGGAGCCUUCGCCGAGCGCUUCGUUUCCUUCUUCCGCGCGAGACGCGUUGCAGGAAUCUGCCGCGUGGCUUCUGCAGCCGCUUCGAUCGCUGGCUGCUCACCUCGCCUUCCACUCGGCGCUCAUCUCCCUCCGACGAGAACGGCAGCAGGAACGAGAAGAAAAGGGAAAGACAGGCGAGAAGGGAGAGAAGAACGAGAUGGGCGAACCUCAGACCAGAGGUGGAGCCCCGCUUCCGUCUUUCCCUCCUCUCCCCUCCUCCGCCUGUGGAGAGGACGACUGUAUCACGUAUCAAGUUGUGUACGUGACUGGUUGCCCGGAAGAAGGCGCGAAGAAGGAAACCUUCAAAGAGGCCAGUGCGCCCUGGACAGGCGCACGAGGAAGGUCCGAUGAAACGCAAGGAAGAGACGCGCCGCGUGUCGAGGAUUCUGACGCACGCCUCCGAGAAGAAUGGCUGUAUCGGUGUUACUACCCUUCUCUGUCGGAGUCUCUGAACGCAGAUCCGUCCUUUGUUCGCUUCUGCUGCCUCGUUGAGGAGCUCCACGAAGGCCUGUUUCAGUACUACCGACUGUACAGAAACAAAUACUUGCGCAUGCGCACGGUCCUCGGCAACGUCUUCGCCUAUCUGGAUGCCCGGAACUGGCGAGUCGACAUCCACAGGAACCCUGAACUGCGUGCGCUCGUCGUCGAGAAGAAGGCAGACCUUGCGUCACGCCCCGCGAGGGCCCGGUCAAAUACCGCCUCGCUUCCCUCGUCUGCGAGCGAUGCAGGACACGGCGAGGGCGAGGGAGACUCAGGCGACCGAGGAAAGGAGACGUCUUCCCACGGGGUCGGAAACGGGGCGAGGCCACACGGCGCGCCGGAGACGCCGAGUCUCAAAGAGUCGAAACGCGAGGGCUGUUCGCUCGCCGAGAUCGAAACCCCUCCGACGGGAAUUCCUCUUCUCGUCCCUCUGCCCAAACUACCAUUCAUUGAGUGCCGAUUCCUUCCCCAACAGGCCCCAGACAGUCUCUGCAUGGAGUUCGCGUUGCACCGGCUGCUGCCGCUCCAUCACUGCCGGUUUUACUCGCUUCUUCAUUUUCUUCAUCUCCUUCCUCCUCGGCUCGAAAUUUCUUCGCUUCUUCCCCCGGCGCUGCCUCCCCCCCCGACUCACCCCGUUCUUCUCCUUCAGCCCCGCGUCAAAGUUCCUCCUUCUGACUCUCGAGCCUCUUCCGCUCUCCCGUCCCCCGAGGACACCCCGCAACCCCAGGAAGUCUCCCAGGGCCGAGGGAGUGUUUCUUCUUCUCUUGCGAGCUCUGCCUCGUCGACUGUGUCGGGUGCCGAGCGACGCGCUGGCGAAUCAGCGACAGAAGGGAAGGGCGAAGAGGCUACGGAUGAUGCGUCGAAGGACAGGGAUUUACUCAAGAGUCGAGAGGCUGUUGCGGGCGCCGAGGCACCGCCGAAUCGGCUCGCGCAGCGGACGCCUAGCCCCCACACGGCCUUGUCUCCUUUUUCGGUGUAUCGAUGCUUCACUGCCGCGCUGAAAGUCCAUCCCUUCCCGCCUCCUCAUGUCUCUCUCAUUCACGUGCAAGGCAUCAAACUUCCGGCACUCCUGCAGGAGUUGCAGCGCCACGAGCGCCUCGUCUCCACGGCAGUGUUGAAGCCCCAGAUGGAGCGCGCCUCUCGAAAUUUCCACCUGGCGAUUUCGUACUCUCUGGCGGCUUGUGCGUCGCUCUUCUUCGGCGCUGUUGACUUCGAUGGCCUGGCCCGUGCGCUUCAGAAACUCGUUUCCCAGCACCAAGCCGCGGACGCCCGAGAGGCCCCGGGCAAGCUGGGGCAGGCCCAGCUGCAUGCGCCUCUGCCGUCUUCGGUGACUGCGUCGCAAACGGCUCGUCCAGCUGGCCCCGCUGCGUCGUCCUCGGAGAAACUUCUCCAGCCGGAUGUGCCAUCGACGCUCGCGCCUCCUGCCUCAUGCAACGCAGACGCUGUCCCACGGCAUUCGCAGAGACCCGCUAGCCGCGCGUCAGGGGCGUCGCCUUCCCUUGUGGAGCAUCCACAGUCCUUUGGUCGUGUUGCCUCCCCUGCGCACCCUGCAGGUGGGCCUCGCUCCGGCUCGCCAUGUGCUUCCGCGUCUCCACAACAACGGGAAGGCCACGGAGAGCACGGAGGAAGAACAGGCCUCGCAGGCGACGCAGGCACUCCGCCAAAGACGUUUGCGGGAGGGUUCGUUCCGCGCACUGUUCCGGCAACUGGGGCGAGUCACGCCUCCCAGGACGUCUCUCCGACCCGGCACGUGCCUGUCCGUGUGGCAGAGAGUCGGGGUGCUCCAGCUGGCCACAGCGAAGGAGUCGGCGGACCGCGCGCACACGCACCCCAGACUGUCGCCGCUCACGCGCGUUCCGUGUCCCCCCUGGCGGCGGAACGGGCGUUUCCAAACCAGCGUCCGCAGGAGGCUCAAGGACGCAGAUCUUCAGACGUCGAUCUGUUGCAGCGAGGAACUCAAGCGAGACACUUUGGAUCGGCCUUAGCCCCCCGAGGGAUGGAGUCCGACUUACGGCGAGGCAUGCCUGCGGAGGCGUCUGCGACUCAGAUGGAAGGGGGACUGCAGGAUGUGAGGCGAUGCCUGUCUUCGCCGCCGGCCGAGAGAGACAAGGCUGCGGGGCUAGGCUUCUCUGGCGUCCACAUGGGGUGUCCCGGAGGCGGGGACGCAGUGCGAGGCUUGCAGAAGGCCGGGAUCGGGAGCCCUCUGCGCGGUUCAGUGUCCGGCGCACCUCACGGUGUCCCUGCGCAGCGACAGCAGAUGCCUCUCCGACCGAAUGCAGAAAGCCACGCGUACGAUGGGCGCGUAAACGGAGAGGUGCCGGCAGACGGCGGAGGCGCCGCGCAGGGUGGCCGAAGAGUGGCAGAGUGUUCGGUGGGUGCGUGUCAGGAGACCGGACUCGUCGCUGUCCACCAGACCCUCCGAGGGAUGCGGCCAGCCGUGCAGCCUCAACCUGAGGCCUCGAGGCACGCUAUGUAUGUCCACGACCCUUCUCAAGGGGCCUACCGGCAAGCUGGGGCGGUCGCCUCUCAGUCUCACCCACAAGGUGGUCAGGUUGCGAUGGCCCAUGCAGGCGUGCGUGGAGCUGCCGCGCCUCAAGAGCUCCAGAUGGGGGUGAAGGGAGUCAGUGAACCCCACAUCGUUCACGGCCAAGAGCUGUCUAUCGGGCAGACUCGGCAGGCUGCGCCACCGUUGCAGGGCCAGCCGCAAGAGGCAUUUGGUGCGAACCUGCAGCUUACCAAGGAAGGAUACGCAUUCGGAGCGGAGAGGCCAGAUAUAGGGCGCCUCGCACGGUACAGCGGGGCCGGUGAAGGCGGGCGCGAACAGGCACCCAGGGGGUCAAGCGUGCAGCAGACUGAAGCUUUCCACGGCGCACAUGGCUUCGCUCAUGGCAACCAUCCACACCAGGCAGCUGCCUCGCAUUUCCAUCUCCUUCAACACCAAGGCAGUCAACAGGUGGGAAGAAGCCUUUCUGGACAGAUGCCUCAGCACGCCUCCCCGCACGGGUCCGGUGGCGCGAGACCCGCAUGCGUGAUCACCCGUCAAACUCCACCUGGUAUGCCGCAACUCGGUCCCGGAGACAACCGAGAGGCUUCACUGCAAGCGCGGCCGGAACGCGUACAGCAGCAGGCUAGCCAUCAACACGCGCUCCACUUGCAACAGCAGCUGUCGUACGGCGUAGCGACACGAGGCAUGGCCGGUGCGGAAGGCGUGGGGACGCCUGCAUCCCCCAGUGGUGUGGCGGGCGUGCAUGCACAACGCGACGCAAAUGCCUGGAGAUCCGGGGGAGACGCGCGUGUCCAUGGGGCUCAGCAGAUCCAAUCGCCGCCUCGGUCGACCUAUCCCACCCAUGCGAACAAUCCGGAGGAUGCCCAGCAACAGCAGUCCCGGACUCUAGGAGCCGAUACGUCAAGCUACGGGGUGUACUCGAAUGGAGGUCAAGGCUACCCGGUGGGGAGUCAUGAAGUCGGGGGAACAAACCGCUUUCUCCACCAGGCGACUGCGGCACACGGCCAGCAGCACGUGCGUGGAGUCCACGCCCAACCGCACCUGCACAUGCAACACUCCCGACAGUUUGAACAUGGCAUGUCGCGGCAGGUGCUCCAUUCGGGAGUCUCAGAGGGUGGAGCAGGGUAUGGUGGCAUGCCUCCCGCACAAGUGCAACAGGAAAGAGUGUCGGUUCACUCGACAGCGGCGAGUCGUAGUUCGCACCCUGUGUGCCGACAACGCGAGCUGUAUCAACAAGGAAAUCCAGAGACAGGGACGGGCGGCUACGGCUACCAAAUGCAGCAGCAAGCGCAUGCAAUGCUGCAGCAACAACAAAACGCCACUCAACCGGGGCAUGCGCAUCGCGAUCCGCACCAGCACAUGCACCCCUCUGGUCGAGGCGGACAAGGCUGGUAG